AACAGUUAAUUGUUUCUAAGAGUUGGUUGGUCCAGAGGGAGGGGCUAAGACCUUAAAAACCUCUGUCCACCAUGUUUUUGGAGGAGUCUGAGAGUUGCUCUCUCUGAGUAAGAGCGAGGCGGGGACGUGAUGGGGGAGCCUCGGCUCAUCGUGGAGGAGCUGCUCGCUCUUUGUCUCCAGAGGGUCAACAUCGAGGCAAUCUCUGUCAACACUGAGCAGGAGGUGAUGGAGGUGGCAAAGAACUUUGAGUCUGUGAGGAAACGAUGGCUCCACGCUGAGCUGGAGCUGAAGAAGUUUAAGGAGCUGCUGGUGAAGUCUGACGUGGCCAAAGCUGCCUUAGAGGUCAAACUGAAACACGCCAGAAACCAGCUCGACGUGGAGAUGAAGAAACGCUACAAGGUGGAGGGAGACUACCAGUACCUGCAGAGGCAGAUGCAGCUCAUGUGCGACAUUCUGGUUCACGACAGCAGAUCGAGCGCUGCGCUGAACGACGAGCAGAAAUCUCUCCUCGCAACGUUCGAACAGAAAGGAGGGAACGCAACCCUGCAUCGCAGCAGCAAACGGUUAUCUGUGAUCGACGAGUCCUCCUUCCUGUCUCAUUCUGACAUCAGCUACGACCGCACAGAUGAUGACGUGGAUCUCGACACAACGGUUAUAAAACCUCUGAGAUCCCGAGUCCGAGAGAAACGACGCUCUUCCAUGGGUCCGUCUCUUUGCGUUCCAGCCGUGAAACGAGGACGUAGUGGGAACACUCCUGUUGAUCUGCUGGAGAGGAAACCUGUGGAGAAGGAGGAGCUGAACAUCCUCACAGCAUCUGCGACCGCUCUGGAGGCUGGAGGUCAGAUCCACAUGGUUCUGAGAAUCCCACAAGAGAACGUCGAGGACCCGACCAGGACUGUCACCCAGGAGUGUGCGCUCUCUCUCGGAGGAGACCAAACCUCUGUGUGGUUUCCUGCUGAUGAGACGACGGCUGAGACUGAAACCGAAACCCGUACAGAGAACAGAUCAACAGCUGGACCAUCGUACAUCUCCAGAGCAGAGAAAACCAGCAGACACAUCUUCCUGUCUAAAACGGUGAUCCGACCUGAGACCUGCUCCCCGUGUGGAAAGAGGAUUCGUUUUGGAAAGAUGGCGGUGAAGUGCAGAAACUGCCGCACUGUCGCUCAUCCAGAGUGCAAACAAAAAUGUCUGGAUGGUUGUUUGGUCGCUGCUACAUCAGGAGGUUCAGCUCAACAGAACUUGUUGGAGGAUUUUGCUCCAGUGGACCAUCCCCGAGUUCCUCAGCUGGUGGUGGAGUGUGUGGCUGAGAUCGAGAGGCGGGGCCUAGAGGAGAGAGGGCUGUACCGAGUUCCCGGAGGGGAACGUCUGGUGAAGGAGCUCAGAGACAGAUUCAUUCAGGGGAAAGCUCCGCUCAUGCUCAGCAAGGUCUCUGACAUUCAUGUGCUCUGUGGUCUCCUGAAGGACUUUCUGAGGAAACUGAAGGAACCUCUGAUCACUUUCAGACUGCACAGAACCUUCAUGGAGGCUUCAGAGCUGACUGAUGAAGAUAACAGCACAGCCGUCAUGUAUCAGGCCAUAGCAGAGCUGCCGAGGGCCAACAGGGACACCCUGGCCUACAUCAUGCUACACUUACACAAGGUGAUGAGGAGUCCUCGGUGUCAGAUGGAUCAGAAUAAUUUAGCCCGUGUUUUUGGACCGACAAUAGUGGGACACAGGAUGUCUGAGCCAUCUCCAACAACCAUCAUGAGAGAUACCAACACCCAGCCCAAGGUGAUUUGUCGCUUGUUGUCGCUCCCUGAAGCUUACUGGAGACGUAUCCUCUCUGUUCACUGGGAUAAGAUUUCGUCUUCAUCCUCUGGGACUCAGAGUCAGGACAUCGGACCCGGACGGUUGUUUAAACCCUUGACGUCUCCAGAGUUGAACACUUACAAUAAAACUCCCAGUUAUGGAUCUCUGAGAGGUCGGAUCAGGAAUCCCCCCAACAUUCCCACCAGCAGUCGAGAAGAACCAGGGAGAAGGUUCUUCACGUCACCGAGCUGAUCCUGAUCCAAGCAAUGACUACACUCCAAGGCUGACUCGGGUGUUUCAGGGUUAAUCCAGGCUGACUCGGGUGUUUCAGGGUUAAUCCAGGCUGACUCUGGUGUUAGGGUUAAUCCGGGCUGACUCUGGUGUUUCAGAGUUAAUCCGGGCUGACUCGGGUGUUUCAGAGUUAAUCCAGGUUGACCCGGGUGUUUCAGGGUUAAUCCAGGCUGACUCUGGUGUUUCAGGGUUAAUCCAGGUUGACUCGGGUGUUUCAGGGUUAAUCCAGGCUGACUCGGGUGUUAGGGUUAAUCCAGGCUGACUCGGGUGUUUCAGGGUUAAUCCAGGCUGACUCGGGUGUUUCAGGGUUAAUCCAGGCUGACUCUGGUGUUAGGGUUAAUCCGGGCUGACUCUGGUGUUUCAGAGUUAAUCCGGGCUGACUCGGGUGUUUCAGGGUUAAUCCAGGCUGACUCUGGUGUUUCAGAGUUAAUCCAGGCUGACUCUGGUGUUUCAGAGUUAAUCCAGUCUGACUCUGGUGUUUCAGAGUUAAUCCAGUCUGACUCGGGUGUUUCAGGGUUAAUCCAGGCUGACUCUGGUGUUUCAGAGUUAAUCCAGGCUGACUCGGGUGUUUCAGGGUUAAUCCAGGCUGACUCGGGUGUUUCAGGGUUAAUCCAGUCUGACUCGGGUGUUUCAGAGUUAAUCCAGGCUGACUCGGGUGUUUCAGGGUUAAUCCAGUCUGACUCGGGUGUUUCAGAGUUAAUCCAGGCUGACUCUGGUGUUUCAGAGUUAAUCCAGUCUGACUCGGGUGUUUCAGAGUUAAUCCAGGCUGACUCGGGUGUUUCAGAGUUAAUCCAGGCUGACUCGGGUGUUUCAGGGUUAAUCCAGGCUGACUCGGGUGUUUCAGGGUUAAUCCAGGUUGAUUCGGGUGUUUCAGGGUUAAUCCAGGCUGACUCUGGUGUUUCAGAGUUAAUCCAGGCUGACUCGGGUGUUUCAGGGUUAAUCCAGGCUGACUCUGGUGUUUCAGGGUUAAUCCAGGCUGACUCGGGUGUUUCAGGGUUAAUCCAGGUUGACUCGGGUGUUUCAGGGUUAAUCCAGGCUGACUCGGGUGUUAGGGUUAAUCCAGUCUGACUCGGGUGUUUCAGGGUUAAUCCAGGCUGACUCGGGUGUUUCAGGGUUAAUCCAGGUUGACUCGGGUGUUUCAGAGUUAAUCCAGGUUGACUCGGGUGUUUCAGGGUUAAUCCAGGUUGACUCGGGUGUUUCAGGGUUAAUCCAGGCUGACUCGGGUGUUUCAGGGUUAAUCCAGGUUGAUUCGGGUGUUUCAGGGUUAAUCCAGGCUGACUCGGGUGUUUCAGGGUUAAUCCAGGCUGACUCGGGUGUUUCAGGGUUAAUCCAGGUUGACUCGGGUGUUUCAGGGUUAAUCCAGGCUGACUCUGGUGUUUCAGGGUUAAUCCAGGUUGACUCGGGUGUUUCAGGGUUAAUCCAGGCUGACUCGGGUGUUAGGGUUAAUCCAGUCUGACUCGGGUGUUUCAGGGUUAAUCCAGGUUGACUCGGGUGUUUCAGGGUUAAUCCAGGUUGACUCGGGUGUUUCAGGGUUAAUCCAGGUUGACUCGGGUGUUUCAGGGUUAAUCCAGGUUGACUCGGGUGUUUCAGGGUUAAUCCAGGCUGACUCGGGUGUUUCAGGGUUAAUCCAGGCUGACUCGGGUGUUUCAGGGUUAAUCCAGGUUGACUCGGGUGUUUCAGGGUUAAUCCAGGUUGACUCGGGUGUUUCAGGGUUAAUCCAGGUUGACUCGGGUGUUUCAGAGUUAAUCCAGGCUGACUCGGGUGUUUCAGGGUUAAUCCAGGUUGACUCGGGUGUUUCAGGGUUAAUCCAGGUUGACUCGGGUGUUUCAGGGUUAAUCCAGGUUGACUCGGGUGUUUCAGAGUUAAUCCAGGCUGACUCGGGUGUUUCAGGGUUAAUCCAGGUUGACUCGGGUGUUUCAGGACUGAAAUGUUCUGAAUAGAAUAAAUAAAUAUUUUUCUGCUGCUGA